CUCCCCCGGCCCCCGCCCCUCCCGGUCCCGGGGGCCCGGCGCGCGGCCCUGCUGACGUCAGCGGGCGGCUUGCGGUGCGGGGUGCGCAGAGCCGCUGGCGCACUCGCGCGCUGCGCUCGCCCCCUUCCCCCGCCCAGGCUGUGGCGCGCGCGCUCGCUGGCUCUCCCUUCAUUUUUUUCUCCCCUCCUUUCCAGCCUCUCUCUCUCUCUCUCCCUCUCGAGCUCCCGCUGCCCGCGGCUCCCUCGCGCUCUCCCUCUCUCUCCGGUAGCCUCCACCGAACGAUGCGAGCUUUGGGAGACAGCGACGCCGCCUCCCGUUAGAGACCUGCCCCCCCCCCCGGCCCGGCCCCCUGCCCAGCCCUGCCCUGCGCGCGGGGGUCGGCGAAGGCGCCGCGGACGCACCGUCGGCUGAGGACCCGCGAUGCACAUGCACUAGCAGCACCCCCUCACUCACUCCCUCCACACCCCGCGCCGCCGCCGCCUCCUCCUCCGGCAGCAGCGGCAGAAGGACCCACCCUGCCCCCCACCCCACCCUCCGCCGGCUCCGGCUGCAGCUUCUGCCUCAACUAUUAUUUUAUUUAUUUGGGGUCGUGCACAAGCCUCAGUGCCUGCAGCCCGCACCUCCUUGGACCGCGGGCGCCUCCUCCCUCGGCCCCGGAGUCCCAGACCCCGGCCACCUUCGCCUCGACACCCUAGAGCCCGCCAGCUGCCGCGAGCCUCCGCGCUGGAAUCUUGUUAGCGGCUGUCUUUUUGGGGGGUUCUGGUUUCCCGACAUUUUUGUUUUCGGCCAAGGGAAGGAUAUCGUGGUUUUUUUCCCCCUUUUGAGCCCAGGCUCUGCUCUCUGGGGGGGUGGGGGGCGCGCCGAGCCGGGGAGCCGUGCCAGCCGAGUCGUGCGGGCUGUGGCAGGGAAGGGGCCACCAUGGGAUGUACUCUGAGCGCAGAGGAGAGAGCCGCCCUCGAGCGGAGCAAGGCGAUUGAGAAAAACCUCAAAGAGGAUGGCAUCAGCGCCGCCAAAGACGUGAAAUUACUCCUGCUGGGGGCUGGAGAAUCAGGAAAAAGCACCAUUGUGAAGCAGAUGAAGAUCAUCCACGAAGAUGGCUUCUCUGGAGAAGACGUGAAACAGUAUAAGCCUGUUGUCUACAGCAACACCAUCCAGUCACUGGCAGCCAUCGUCCGGGCCAUGGACACUCUGGGCAUCGAAUAUGGUGACAAGGAGAGAAAGGCUGACGCCAAGAUGGUGUGUGACGUGGUAAGUCGGAUGGAAGACACCGAGCCCUUCUCUGCAGAACUGCUUUCCGCCAUGAUGCGGCUCUGGGGUGACUCAGGAAUCCAGGAAUGCUUCAACAGGUCUCGGGAGUAUCAGCUCAACGAUUCUGCCAAAUACUACCUGGACAGCCUGGAUCGGAUCGGGGCCGCCGACUACCAGCCCACCGAGCAGGAUAUCCUCCGAACCAGGGUCAAAACCACUGGCAUCGUAGAAACCCACUUCACAUUCAAGAACCUCCACUUCAGGCUGUUCGACGUCGGGGGCCAGCGAUCUGAACGCAAGAAGUGGAUCCACUGCUUCGAGGACGUCACAGCCAUUAUCUUCUGCGUCGCGCUCAGCGGCUACGACCAGGUGCUCCAUGAAGACGAGACCACGAACCGCAUGCACGAGUCCCUGAAGCUUUUCGACAGCAUCUGCAACAACAAAUGGUUCACAGACACGUCCGUCAUCCUGUUCCUUAACAAGAAGGACAUAUUUGAAGAGAAGAUCAAGAAGUCCCCGCUCACCAUCUGCUUCCCCGAAUACACAGGCCCCAGUGCCUUCACGGAAGCCGUGGCUUACAUCCAGGCCCAGUACGAGAGCAAGAACAAGUCCGCUCACAAGGAGAUCUACACCCACGUGACCUGCGCCACCGACACCAACAACAUCCAGUUUGUCUUUGACGCCGUGACGGACGUCAUCAUCGCCAAAAACCUGCGAGGCUGCGGCCUCUACUGAGCCCCUGCCUCACCCCCCAGCUGCCUGCCUCCCCAUCUGGCCUGCUGCCCCACCCCUGCCCCGGAACCAGAGCCCUGCGGCUGCGCAGCCACUCUCCGCACUUGACACAGCAGCUCCCGGCUGGCGCCCGGGAGGGAGGAGAGCACAGCCUCCACGGGCCGCCCCUUCCCCAGACAUCGGAGCGUGUGGUAGCCCGGGGGCCGGGCACGGGGGCUGAGUGCUCCUGGGCCUCCGCUUCAUCUCUGAGGGUUUUGUCCUGGCGAGGGGGUGGGUUGGCCGCCGUUUGGUCCAGAACGGGCACGCUCCUGUGUGGGGGUGUCUCAGGGGGGCACCGUGUUGGCCGGGGUGAGGCCAGCGGGAGCCACUGCUCAGCUUCUGGGGUCUGUCUGGUCGGGGCAGCUCCGUCACCAAAAGCCAGGGUGGGACCAGCGCAAGUGUGUGUGGGUCCCAGGGCUCGACCUUGGCCAGUGCCUCCCCCCUGCUUCUGCCUGGAUCUCAGCCCCAGGCACAGCCCUUUCUAAUCCAGGCCAUCCUUCCUUGCACACCCUUGGA